CGCUGCCUACCACAAAGAGUCAAGGGAAGGAACAAGUUAACUAGUUGCACGACCACGAUUACGACGACAACGACAACGACGGCGACGACGACGACGAUUUUCUUUUGCCACAGAAUUGAUCGUCCUUUUCUCCGAUCCGCGAACACAUUGCCAACCCGUCUUCCCCUCCAAAUCAAUCGAUCAAAUAAUAGUGCCCGCCUUUCAACAACUGCCGCUCAACGCAACUGCCGGUCGGUCAUCGCACAAAUAAGGCAUGGAUGCUAACGGGAGGGACGCCCAACGGGGCGGGAACGAGUACGGCGAGGAAUGGGCACACGGCCUGAGGGUGCAGUUCGAGCAGCUGCUGAGGACCAAGCGGUUAAACGAACUACAGGCAAGAUCACGGCAGGGCUCGCCCGGGCCCGGUCACAGCGCUUCGACCAACAGCCACCGAGAUGGCCACGCCUCCGGUCGCAACAGGCAAGGCAAUUCCGGCGACGCUUCAACGCCCCCCUCUUAUUCGGUCGUCCGCAAUCUUCCCAAGGUCCCGAUCCCCCCCUCGCCCGACGACCUCGAGUCGACGCGGUUCAGGAACCUCCUCAUCUCGUUGUCCGCGACGCCCAUGAAGUAUGAGAACCCAGGCCUGCUAGACGAAGCCCUACAAGCGGUCCCGCUCGAUAGGAUAUACAGCGAGGCCGAGGAGGAGUGCCAAGUGCUCCAGGCCCAGGCCGAGAGCAUGGGAGACGGGCGCAAGCCGGAAUGGGGCUACCAGGACUGCAUUGUCCGCGCCCUCCUCAGGUGGUUCAAGAACGACUUCUUCACGUGGGUCAACAACCCGCAGUGUCCGGUCUGCUUCUCCCCGACCAUCGCCCAGGGAAUGACACAACCGACGCCGGAAGAGAAGGCCUGUGGUGCGUUGCGAGUCGAGCUAUACCGUUGCUCCAACAACAGCUGCCGGGCAUAUGAACGCUUCCCCCGCUACAGCGACGUGUGGCGCCUCAUGCAGACGCGGCGCGGGCGAUGCGGCGAGUGGGCCAACUGCUUCAGCAUGCUCUGCCGCGCAAUUGGCUCGCGCGUCCGGUGGGUGUGGAAUGCCGAAGAUCACGUAUGGACCGAGGUCUACUCGGAACACCAGAAGCGGUGGAUCCACGUCGACGCCUGCGAGGAGGCGUGGGACAACCCCAGGCUGUACACCGAGGGUUGGGGCAAGAAGAUGUCGUACUGCAUCGCCUUCUCGUACGAGGGCGCGACCGACGUCACCCGGCGCUACGUGCGCAAGACGGAGUACUACAACGAGCGCACCCGCUGCCCGGAGGAGGUCUUGCUGUACGUCAUGAAGGAGAUCAAGCACCUGCGCCGGGCCAACUUCGACAAGCAGAAGCGCUUCGAGCUGGAGAAGGAGGACUCGAGGGAGGAGCGGGAACUUCACAGCUACGUCGUCGCCUCCAUCACGCAAGCCGUGACCCAACUCGUCCCGAACGCCGUCGAUGCCGGGCCGAGCGGCCGAGGGACGUCUUCCAACGAGGACACCAAGGUUCCCGUCUCCGCCGACCUGCCCGCCCGUCAAAGCGGCAAUGCCGAGUGGGUGGCUGCCCGCGGCGAGAACGGCAGGCGAAACCAAGGAUUCCCACCUCCUCACGGCCAGGAACCGCCGUUCCCCUGACCCUGAUUUUCUAUAACAACACCUUUUCUCCGCUUGCCUUCCGGACCCAACGACAGCUUCUGGUUUCAUCGGCGUCGUCUAAGCAUAUCCGUCGAGGAGCCGGCCAACAAACGGUUUCGCUGUGUUGUUUGCAGCAAGAUACCCACCGCUUGUUGUCG